CUCUUCCCUGUCUCCCACUCCGCGUUCUGGACUACUUCCACGGCAUCCACCGAUGCUCUCCCCCUCUCCGACUCCACCCUCGGUAUCACCAACCUGCUCAAGGCGCUGUCGCACAACUACGUGAAGGCACCGGAUGGCAAGCAGUCGAUGCAGGCUACCUACCCCGAGGGCUCGUACACGUUCACGCACAGCCCGCAGGGUGGUCUCUCCUUCUACGCCACUGGCCCCAGCUCCGUUAGCCUCGAUGACGCGAAGGAGGCCACUUUCUCGUACUCCGUCUACUUCGAGGACGACUUCGCCUUCAACAAGGGCGGCAAGCUCCCCGGUUUCUACGGAGGUGACGACGCGACGACCGCCGUUUCUUGCUCUGGUGGCCGUCGGGAUGACACUUGCUGGUCCACGCGCUUCAUGUGGCGCACCGGCGGUGCAGGUGAGGCGUACACCUACCUCCCUCCCGACUACUCUGCCAACAAGGCCGUCUGCGACGUUGCGCCGUUCUCGACCUGCAACGACGUUUACGGUGCCUCCGUCGGCCGCGGCUCUUGGACCUUCAAGGCCGGCACACGCACCACGAUCGGCCAGCGCGUCCGCCUCAACGACGUCGGUCAGGAGAACGGCGAGCUCGAGAUCUUCGUCGAGGGCGAGAGCAUCUUCACCGUCAAGGGCCUUGUCUUCCGUGACAAGGCUGCUGGCCGCAUCCGCGGCAUCCAGAUGCAGACGUUCUUCGGAGGCUCCGACUCCUCGUGGGCGUCCCCCAAGAAGCAGAGCACGUACUUCUCCGACUUCUCCGUCGCCGUUACGGAGACGUUGUAA